CACUGCGUUUUACUAAGUUACGAAAGUGGCCCGGGGUUCAGAAAUCCGGACAAAACAUGAUUUCGCAUGUUCGUAAUUCUCUGUAAACGAAACAAAAGAUGGAAGGACAAGGGGAGGGCGCUUCUAGCAGCAGUUUGCUUGGAGUGCUGGAUUCACCGGCGUAUUUAUACCUGCUGACGAUAUUUGCAUGUUAUCCACUGACGUAUAUUUCUCGGACCUAUUUGCACGGGCAGUCCCCAUCAGUCAAGCAUGCCUACUUCAUCUUCUGGGGCCUACUUCUCAUGUUUGCCAACUUCGGAUACGAUGUCAUCCAUUCAGCAAUCUCCAUUGUGGUCAACUAUGCCCUGCUGGUCACGAUGGGCGGUACCCAGCUGAUGGUCGCUUUGUCAUUCAUAUUCAACAUGGGGUAUCUUUUGACCGCCUACGCCCUGUUUUCCACUGACGGCUACGAUCUGAUCUGGACCACGCCUCACUGCAUCCUGAUCUUCAAAAUGAUCGGGACGGCCUUUGACCUUUACGACGGCCAGAGGAAGGAGGAGAAACUGAGUCAAGAACAGAAGGAGUUGCGUCUCAAAACAGCGCCCUCACUCCUGGAGUUCAGUAGUUACGCCUACUUCCUCGGCGGCUGUUUCUCCCCGCCCGUAUUCCCCCUCCGGACCUACCUGGAUUUCACGGCGGGCAAAUUAACGGACAACGACCGGGGGCUGCCGCCCGAUAGCGUCAAGCCGGCAUUCCAGAAACUUGGCGUGAGCUGCGUGUUCAUUGUGCUGUACACGUCGUUGUCUCCUAUCUUCACCAAUGCCUACAUCUUGUCUUCCGAAUUCGCAAGUUUGUCUUUCCCGUUUCAAGUGUUGGUGGUGAUGGCAUGGGGCAAAUGUGUCCUCUUCAAGUACAGUGUCAUCUUUCUGUUGGCGGAGGGCGUUUGCAUCAUGAGCGGCCUGGCCUACAACGGACGAGACGAGAAUGGCAAUGCAUUGUGGGACGGCUGCGUUAACUUCAGGCCACUGGUGUUUGAGCUGGCGACGAAUGGCAGGGAUCUUGUCCAGUCACAUAACAUCACUAUUAACACUUGGCUCUCAAGGUACAUCUACAAGAGACUCAAGUUCCUGAACAAUCGUCUCAUCUCCCAGUCAGCCUCGCUGUUCUUCCUGGCAGUCUGGCACGGUCUGUACAUCGGCUACUACAUGGGUUUCGCCCAGGAGUUCCUUGUUUUCUUCAUUGAAGCUAAGGUAGUUGAUAUCAACAAGCGCUACCCACCCUUGGCCCGGAUUGCCGAGAUACCCCCGGUCAAGAUCUGCCUGCUUGUAGUCUUCAAGGUGUGGAAUGUCUUCACCUUCAGCUACGCACUGAUUCCCUUUGUGCUGCUGCGAUGGAGGAGAACACGCAUAGUGUAUUCAGCCAUGCACUACGCCCCCCUCUGGUUUUACGUCGUGUUUAUACUCCUCUACCAGUUUGCCAUCGAUCCAGCACUCAAGAAAAUGGAAAGAAGCAAGAGAGAGGCAGCAUCUAAGAGUCAGGAGUCCGAGACUGCCAAGACAAAGUAG